AUGAGUUUCCGUCGGACAGACUGGGGGACGCCGCUGGAGGAGCUUCCUGUGAUUGGUUGGACGGAGUAUCGACGGAGAGUGGAGAUGGGUCAGGUGCUUGUCGUUGUUGAGGGCGUCGUGCAUGAUCUUGGGGCGUUCCUAGCUGAGAAUCCGGGGGGUGAGGCUGCUGUUAAAGGUAUGUUGGGGAAGGAUGCUACGGCGCUGUUUAAUGGCGGCGUCUAUGACCAUUCUCGCGCGGCUGUGGGUUGCGGUGCUGAGGGGUGGUGGGGAGGUGGAGCGUUGGAAGUAGAAGGGUUAUUUUUGCGUUAA